UAUAUCCCUCAGUCAUCGACCACUAAUCCAUAUCUCUUAAUUCGUUAUUUUUGAACAAUAAGAAUCUACUCUUUUUCAUCAAAAGAAAACCAAAAAAAAAAAAAAGAUUUAAGGGUUUUUGUGGUGGAAGAUUUUUUCCCCUCAUUUUAUAAAAUGACAAGGCAGUUUGUGAGAUUUUUCCCACUAUUGGCCCUCGUAGCUAUAAGCUUAGCCAAAACGGCUACGGUGGAGGCUGCGACGGGUAUGAACCCCCCGGUGAAGCUGGUUUGGCAUUAUUACAACAAUACUUGUCAUAAUGCAGAAACUGAUAUUAGAUUUCAAGUCGAAAAGUUUUAUAAGAAUGAUAGUAGCAUUGCCCCCAAGCUCCUUCGUCUUCUUUACUCAGAUUGUAUGGUUAAUGGAUGUGAUGCUUCGGUUCUUUUGCAAGGACCAAACUCAGAGAGGACGGCUCCGCAGAAUCGAGGACUUGCAGGUUUUGUGAUAAUCGAUAAGAUAAAAACAGUUCUUGAAUCGCGUUGUCCCGGUGUCGUUUCUUGCGCUGAUAUCCUCAACCUUGCCACGAGGGAUGCUGUUCACAUGGCCGGUGCACCGUCUUACCCUGUGUUUACCGGGAGAAGGGACGGUGGGGCACUAAAUCCAAACGCCGUGGAUCUACCGUCACCGUCCAUCUCAUUCAAGGAGUCAUUGGCAUACUUCAAUUCCAAAGGUCUUGACGUUUUGGACAUGACCACUCUUUUAGGGGCACACUCGAUGGGGAAGACACAUUGCAGCCACAUAGUGAACAGACUAUAUAACUUCACGGGUACAGGGAAACCUGACCCGACCAUGGACACGACAUUGGUUACACAACUUCGAUAUCUUUGCCCACCAAGAACACAAAAGGGUCAAACCGAUCCACUGGUUUACCUAAACCCAGACUCAGGAUCGAGCAACAGAUUCAGCAGCUCCUAUUAUUCUCCUGUGGCUUCCCUUGAGGCCUCAGCUUCCCUGAUGAUUGAGUCCGUCAUGGCCGGAGUAUUCUCUUCGACGGCGCUCCUCCAGUAUCGUCCUGUAUCGAACAUAGAGGAGGAAGGAAGCUGCUUCCAUGUCGCGCCUCGCCGGAUUUUUCAUUCUCACCGGCUUAACACUAGUGCUGGGAGUGGAUUUCUCAAGUGUAACAAUGACCAUAUCACGAGAAAGUACCUGCGGAAGAAUAGGACUCAGGCCAUUGCAGAGUAUUUGGGUUCAGCUUCAGAUUCAAAGAAGCCAACUGGGAAGUCAAGUUAUCAUCCUUCAGAAGAAAUCAAAGCAUAUGUGCCAGAGAAUCCUGGAGAUUCUAGGCUUCCACCUCCAGAAACUGCUAGAACCAUCAUUGAGGUGAACAAAAAAGGAACCCUGAUGCUUUCUGGUUUACUUGGGAUUGGACUUCAUGAGAAUAUUCUCUGGCCGGAUAUUCCUUAUGUAACGGAUCAGCAUGGAAAUAUAUACUUUCAAGUAAAGGAAAAUGAGGACAUAAUGCAGACUGUUGUUACUUCUGAUAAUAAUUAUGUGCAAGUAAUAGUAGGUUUUGAUACAAUGGAGAUGAUCAAGGACAUGGAGCUGAGUAGUCCCUCUGGUAUUGGUUUUGGAAUUGAAGAAAUCGAAGAUGGUAUAACCGAAGUAGAGGAUGAAAACAAGGGGGAGGAGGCUGUAGGAGAAGACAAAGAGGAUGAGGAAUGGGUUGCUGUUCUCGAAGAUGGAGAUGAAGACGAUGAUUAUGUUUCAGACUCUGAUGAAUCACUUGGAGACUGGGCAAACUUGGAAACGAUGCGAACUUGCCAUCCUAUGUACUUUGCCCGGAGGAUAGCUGAGGUUGCUUCUAGUGAUCCUUUAAGUUGGAUGGAGCAGCCGUCUGCUGGCCUGGCUAUCCAGGGGCUCUUGAGCCGUGUUUUUGUAAAAGAUCACUCAGAUAUCUCUGAUCACAAUAAGUCUACAAGUACUGACAAGAACAAGGAAGGACAAAACUCAGAAGAGAAAUUCGAAGACAUUGGUACGCCAAGUGGGGAUGAAUCUGAGAUAUUGCAGCUUGAAAACUCGAGAAAUGCCAUAUCGUAUUACAAGCUGGAGAUGAUAAGAAUCCAGCUCAUCACUGCACAAGGGCAUCAGAGUGAAGUGGAAGUGGAAGAUGUCAGGAAAGCAGAAGCAGAUGCUAUUGCUCGUGCAUCAGAAGGUAUUGUGAGUCGUCUAGAAGAAGAUGGCGAUAAUCUAACUGAAGCCCUCAAGUCUAUGUGUUGGAGACACAACGGGAUUCAAGCAGAGGAAGUGAAGCUCAUCGGGAUAGAUUCACUUGGUUUCGACCUCAGGCUUUGCUCGGGAAUGCAGAUUGAGACAUUACGGUUUGCAUUCUCGAGAAAGGCAACAUCAGUACACAGUGCUGAGGCGCAGUUGAGAGAAUUAUUAUUCGCUUCGACACCUCUCAAGCCACAGAAACCAAAACAAACGAGUCGA